AAAAGUUUGCCCGUCGAAACAGGAUUUUAUGUUUUUGUGCUCAGAAUAAUUAUGUAAAUACGCUGAAUGUGAUAAAGCAAAUAACUGAGCGGCCGCAUCACGUAUACCGGUCAUUUUCCUCUUCGCGCGAGCUUUAUUUGUCAUUCUCGCGUCUACGACCGCCGCCAUACACACGUUUUAAACAAACUUUACGUCGCAUUUAAAUAUCUCAAAUAAUACUCUUGUGUUUUGUGAUAUCGCCUAGUAUAAAAUCUUAUGCAGUUUCGGCAAAAUGAGUGCUAUCAUAUUACUGGUUUUAAGUGUCUUCGUUUUAAUACACGGACAAUAUAUUCCACCUUUACCAACUACGGAAGCGCCCGACAUAGUGUCUACGCAUCUUCAUAGUGGACUCACAGAGCGGAUCGGAAACUUUUCUAUCGAAUUACUAUACCAUACAUCUAGACUGCAACAAAACACAAACCUAAUUCUGUCUCCUAUUACUGUCUGGACAGUACUUGCUGUUAUUUCUGAAGGCGCAUCUGGUGAAACGGCGAACGAAAUUUAUAACGUUAUAAGAAUAUCGAGCAGACAUAAAAACUCUACACGACACGCUUUUAAAGAGAUCUACCCGUGGCUUCAAGUGAACACAAAUACGGUACAACUAUCAAAAGUAAAUGCUAUAUUUAUGGAUCAAAACCGUUUAUUGCUUAGAGAUUUUCAAGAUACAGCAGACGAAGUAUACAAGACUAAAAUAUUGGCUUUGGACUUCAGUGAUACACAAAAAGCUGCCGAUUUAAUUAAUCAAGGUGUAUCACAGUUUACAAGAGGACAAAUUACUCAUUUAGUUGAUGGCAACCAACUUGAUGUGACGUCCCUAUUUGUUGUCAGCUCAUUGUACUUCAAAGGCCAAUGGACAGUCCCAUUUAACACGACAUCGACAGCUAGAAUGCCAUUUUUAGACAGCAAUGGUCAGAAGGUUGGUGAAGUCAACAUGAUGUACAAUCGAUACAACUACCCUUUUGCUAACAUGAAGGAACUUCAAGCUAAAGUUAUUGAAAUACCCUAUGGUGUAGAAAAUCGUCUUUCUAUGCUUAUUAUGCUUCCAAACCCUGGGGUGUCACUAGAAAAUAUGUUUUUCAACUUUGGAAAAGUACCUUUAGACAUAGUUUUCAAGGAGCUACGAAUAUCUAAAGUGGAUUAUAGCGAGGCAGAAGUAGACUUAUUCCUUCCUCGCUUCAAAAUUGAAUCUAAUAUUGACUUGACCGACAUUUUGAAGCAGAGUAUGGGAAUUCAUGAUUUAUUUGACGAGAAGCAAGCACGGUUACCACAUAUGGCAAAAACACCAAUGUUUGUAAAAAAAAUUAUUCAUAAAGCUAAAAUUGAGGUUACUGAAGAAGGGACUAUAGGUUCUGCAGUGACCGCUGCUGAAUUUAGUAACAGAAUUGGAAUUGUGCAAUUUAUGGCGAAUAGACCUUUUUGCUAUAUGAUUAUUGAAAAACUAACAAAUUCAAUUGUUUUUGGAGGAUUGUAUGAACACCCAACAUUGUAUUGAGGCUUAUAGCUUUUUCCCAAAUACCGUCACCCAAUUAAGUCGCACAUAAAAAUAAGUCACAACUUAUAGACACAAAUUACAAGAUACAAACAAGGCAUGACAUUGUUAUGAAGGUGUGACAUGUUAUUUUUUUAAGUACAAAAUAUUGUGAAACAAUAUUUUUGUUGUAGUCUGAAUGUUAAGUCUAGGAUAAAAUGAACAAAAACUGUCAUAGGCACACAAGUUUAUAGAGUUGUACAGGCACACUUCCUGGCACAAAAUGUUAUGAAAGAUAAAUACUCAACACAAGGAUAAAAUUCAAAAUACAUCCUUAUUUUGAGCUUGACCUUGGACAAUUUUGUCUCCAACUGUUUCAAUUGUUUUUAAUCAGUCCUCAUGAACCUCCAGUUGAAUGUGUUAAUAGAUGCUCCCAAUUUUCAUCUUCCAUGUGUCUCUACUUCUCUUACCAUUUCUUAAGUACCAUACAUACACUACCAUAUAUACACAUACUCAUACAUUUCUAUCAUAGUGUUAUACAUGGUGCGUGUUCUAGUUUAUGAAGCAUUGAACCACAAAAAGUGACUUAAUACAUUGUACCUAAAACUGUAAUUUUUUAUAAUUAUAAGACGUUUGUAUUUUAAAGCACAUUCUCAUAUAAUUAAAGUAGUGGGAUUUGUGUUUCACAACACAAUAGCAUAAACAAAUAACAAACACAGUUAAUGGAUGCAGGAAAAACAAGAAUUUCCUGUUUCUCUUGCCAAUGUAUGAUAAAAUACCAACAAUAAAUAAUAUAAAAAUCAUAUGGAAAAAUUUAAAUGACGACUUUGUGUCAUUUAUAAAAAAUAGCUUUAGAAAUGUUAAGUAUGGACGGCAUAUACAGCUACACAUUGAUGGAUCUUGUGCCAUUGCGCUUGAAGCGAUAUUCAAACAAAACUGAAUGUGCUGUUGAUUGUACAGUAAUGAGAUAGAUAAAGGUGCUAAUUUUUGUGAUAAGCAUAGAUCUGAAAUGUGUAAUGAAUUUUAUAAGAAUUUUGAACUCUUACCCUAUUAAAAAUUUGGUUUUA